AUGGAUGCUUUAUCAGCAUCAAGCGUUGCGGCGUUGCACGCGGCCUUCAAAAUCAAACCAUCGGCUUUAGUCUACCGAAACUAUCUGCAUCCUUUGAGAGACGUUGACCCGACAAUGAGACUAUUUCAGCCGUGGCAGUGCGAUAAGUGCCAAAUCUUCAUGAUCGGUCCCGACACCUCACAAUUGAGGGAACGGAUUCUGAAUCCGGAAGCCUACUAUAACUGCUAUCAAGGCCAGGAACUUCCUCAACUAGAGGCCUGGGUUGUGGGAUUACCACCGACGUCUAACAGCCAAAGGCGCGCUAAACGGCUCGCUAGGCAGAGAAAGAAAUACCAAAACCGUCAGAACGACAUGAGUAUCAGAGCGAGAGCUUUGGUGAGGCUCACUGAUAUCCUCGAUAAGGAUACUCUGAGGCAGUGCCCCUAUGAUUGUACCAAAGAGCUUGACCCCAACACAAUGGUUGGAGACAGUAUCCUCGUCAAGGUAUUUGACCUGUUUCCUUCGGGCGACUGUCUGGACUCUGUUACUGUUGGUAUGAAAUUCGCGGAGAGUCACAUUGGAGACCAACAAAUGGCAUGCCAUAUAUCGAUGCUGCUGACGCGUUCUGUUCCCAAGAAGGCUUUGUCUCCCGCAGAGAUGUCAAUGACAUUGAUGCUCUUGUUUUUCAUUGUCGAAAGCCGGGAUGGGAAUUAA